UUGUUAUUCAAUAGUUUUUCUACAGAAAAUUGUGUAUCAAAUAUCUGUUUGCUAUUGCAAGGUGAUAAUAUUGAAUUGAGGCAUUGAUAUGACUGUGCUACAAUGUACACUAUUCGAAUAACUGUAGUCGGAGAUGGGGAUACUGGAAAGACUUCAAUUCUUAUUGCUUAUAAGGACAAAGCUUUCAAUGACCAAUAUAUUCCAACAGUAUUUGAUCAAUAUUCGUUAGACAUUCCAAUUGGCAAUGAAAUAUUUCAUGUGAUAUUGCAAGAUACAGCUGGUCAAGAGGAAUUUGACAAAUUAAGAAGAUUUGCUUAUAAUGAAACUGAUGUGUUUAUUAUGUGCUACUCUUUGGACAACAGAGAUUCUUUCACAAAUAUCAGGGAUAAGUGGGCUCCCGAAUUGAAAGCUCUUAGACCCAGAACUAAAUUAAUUCUUAUAGGAACAAAAAGAGAUCUGAGAAAAAAAGCAAACAGGCCUGUUACGAGAGAGGAAGGUGAACGCUUAGCAAGGCAAAUUAAAGCCGAUGGAUUUUUAGAAACUUCCGCUAAAAAAAUGAUUAACGUGGAACAAACAUUCCAAUUGGCUUUUGUUGAGGGAGCUAAAUUAAUUAAAAGUAAACAUAAGAAACACAAAUCAACAUGCUUCAUGUUGUAAUAAUUUAUCAUACUCUUGUAAAUAAAUUAAAAGUACUUUUUAACUUGGUUUCAAUUUUAAUAUUUUAAAAAAUUUCACCUCACUGGUAAUACUAUAAUAAAAAAAAGAUGUAAUAUCGAAAAUAGUACAAUUUUCAUACUAAGCAAUGGAACAUUAUUUUUAUUUUAAUUAUAUAUGGUAUUUAUAUUAAUUUAUUAAAAAUAAAAUUUUAUGAAAGUUG